AGGAAACCACAGCAGGAGAACAAGAAGAUGAAACAAAAGCACCAGGAGAAGGUGGUGAGGGGGACCGGGAGCAGGAGCCUGGGGAAGGUGAAUCAAAGCCCAAACCCAAGCCCUUCAUGCCCAACCUGGUGCCUCCCAAAAUCCCUGAUGGUGAGCGCCUGGAUUUCGAUGACAUCCACCGCAAGCGCAUGGAGAAGGACCUGAAUGAGCUGCAGGCCCUCAUUGAAGCCCACUUUGAGAGCAGGAAGAAGGAGGAAGAAGAGCUCAUCUCCCUCAAAGACAGGAUCGAGCAGCGGAGGGCAGAGAGGGCAGAGCAGCAGCGCAUCCGCAGCGAGAGGGAGAAGGAACGCCAGGCCCGCAUGGCUGAGGAGAGAGCUCGCAAGGAGGAAGAGGAGGCACGGAAGAAGGCUGAGGAAGAAGCUCGGAAAAAGAAAGCUUUCUCCAACAUGCUGCACUUCGGAGGCUACAUGCAGAAGUCAGAGAAAAAGGGUGGCAAGAAGCAAACGGAGCGGGAGAAGAAGAAAAAGAUCCUCAGCGAGCGGCGGAAGCCUCUGAACAUCGACCACCUCAGCGAAGACAAGCUGAGGGACAAAGCCAAGGAGCUGUGGCAAACCAUCCGUGACCUGGAGGCUGAGAAAUUCGACUUGCAGGAGAAGUUCAAGCGGCAGAAGUACGAGAUCAAUGUCCUCCGAAAUCGUGUCAGUGACCACCAGAAGGUGUAAGUACCCAGCCUGGCUGAGCGCCCUUCCUCAUCACUCAGUUUCACCCCAUGUUUCUCCCAGCUGCCCCACGCCUCAUCCUUACACACCUGCAGGGACCUCAGACUGUGCCACUGUGCUCCCAUUGAGAAGCCCUCACCGGCCCCCAGCUUCCCCCUGCCCCCAAACAGACCCACGUAGAGCCCCGUGUGUCCUGCAGGCCACACAUAACUCCAGCUGCCCCAUCCCUUCUGUAUCCCUACCCACCACCUCAGAGGACUCCCCCCCCCCCCCCA